AUGGCGACUCCAUCGGAUCACGUCUUGCUCCGCCCAUUUUAUGAUGUAGUCAAAUGGGCCAAGUAUGCGCUUUUCCAGGACAAGGACGAUGUGGGCCACAGCGACAAAUUGACCUCACUUAACCAAUCGUCGCAGUUGUUGUUGAGAGAAGGAGAGCGAGCUUUGCGACGCUUGACACCUUUGCUUGCGACGCCUUCCCGUCAAUUGACUGAUUUUCUAAAAGAUCUCACUUUGCACAAUGAAGAUGUUGUUUGUCAAGUUCGAUCAAUUGGCAUACUGCUGUAUGAUUUCGAGGAUUUCAUCGAGGCACAGACCUUUGACAAGGCCAAGUUUGACGAACUUCAAGCUGCAACAAAGGAACUGGCCAUUACCCUCGUGGAAGAGAUUACGCGUUUCACUACAAGGUCGGCUUUGGAAUCAUUGCCAGCCCCAUCGCAAUUCCCGCCUCUUCCACCGCUUCCCCCGCUCCCCAACACUUCCGAUACGACCAGAUCGAGCUCGCAACUAUCCAUGCGACCCUCGACCAAUGUGUCGACAUCCGGAUCUAGCUAUGGUAGAGCUCAGAGCAGACCCUCGCUCACCCGCGGAUCUGAGCAACGUGAUAGAUCUCACUCUGCUGCCCGUGCAUUGAGAGCUGCUGGCUACUCCACAUCACCGUCACCAAUUUCACCAAAUGGACUCGCAUCCCCGAUCUCCCUGCCAUUUUCCAGUCAAUCUGGGAUUCCAGAACAGGAACACGAGACCUACCGCUAUAUUCCCACCCAUCUGCGGAAAGAGAGUAACCCACAAGUCAUCACCAAUAGAUUACAGGGCCUGGACAUCGGAGCCAUCACUCCUCCAACAUCGAUCACAUUGUCCCCGAAGUCAAAUGGCAUCCAGAGUCCGGUGAAUCCAGGCACAAGAGGCUCACUUGGUCAAAAUUAUCAUGAUCUUCCGCCAUCCGUUACUCCUGACUCAAUUCCUGAACAGGAUUGGUCUGCAGUUAUUGACGAACGAUUUGCUUCCAUUCCACGCACUUUGUCUACGGCAGCUUACCAAAAUACCGACCCAAGCGUUGCAAAGUAUCGGGAUUCCGAGUCAUAUAUGCCAGAUGAAUAUUCUACCGAGCACCGUCCUUCAUCCUUUGUUCCUCAGGGGUCACGCUUAUCCGUACGAUCUGAUGGAAGUAGUGCGCCUAGUUUUAAAGCCGCGACAGAAUCAUCGAGCUCGAGCGGGAAACACUCUGCCUCCGGGAGAAGCGCACAUUCUGCACAGGCCACGGCUUUUGACAUCGGGCCGGGCAGCUCUCUAUCCCUACUAGGUGGAUUUUGCAAAGGAGCUCAGGCUUUUGCUUCCAGAGGUCCUGGACAGGCUAUCAGGAAGGUCGGCGGCGGAUUAGACAACGCAUCGAGACCUGCAGAGUAUUCUCAAGAAAUGCUGUGGGGACAAAUGCUGUCAACUUCAACUGAGGCAUACGCAGAAGCAAGCGCGCAGUGCCUUCACUGCGAGUACAAGACUCCCUACUCUCAAUUGCGCCAGGACAUGGAUCAAGAUCCAUUGGCUAGCCAGCAAACAAGAGGCAUUAUUCACCGUUCUCGUUUCCUCUAUAAGUCUCAUAUGGCAGUGCGAAGCAUCAACUCUAUAUUCUUCGGCUGCCUCUUUUGCGACAGGACAAAGUCGACUCUACAGGAAGAUGAUGCCACCGUCUUCCAGUCCAUUGAUCUCCUCUUUCGUCACAUUUCACGACAUUCUCAUCCCCUACCACAUGUUCCGGGCGUGGUAGUCGUUUACGAGAAUAGGGAUGCUAACACAAGAAGACGUCAAGACUACGAUUUAUCUUUCCCGCAUUCUACCAUGACUACUUCGCCUAGUGCGCUCCCAGCCUACGAUCCAGACCGAAUCGCUUCGUUGCCAUCCGCGCGGGCCACAAAAGAUCAUAUUCGCCGAAGGAAUGAGAAGCCCCAACCAAGACCCGACUCAGUCUCUGAGGUUCUGCAGUUCUUAGCAGGAGCCAAAAUAGUCGGCGUUGAGUUCCCGGAGAAGUGGGGUGGGAAGUGGUGUCAAGGUUGGCACGACAGGGUCUUUGGCACAUUCCCAAGCAAUAUAAUUACCUUUGAGCUACCACAGCACGUGGAAAUUGCUUCGCUACCCAGAACACCUCGGACUGGAGUUUCCAGGUGGAAAUUUGAGAAGCAGAGGCAGCCUGGCUGGCUGGCUCUCAGGAAAGGCGAGACUAUUUAUAACCUUGCUUGCGUAGUCGUUGUAGUUGACAAGAAGCGCUCACGAGAAGACGCCGAAGAGGGCGUUUAUGACUAUCUGUGGCAGUGCACGCCCGAAGACGACGCCUUAGUUCGGGCACUUUUCCGACCGACUGAUCCCAAGUUCUAG